AUGCCCCUCCCGUCGGACGAGGAAAUCGAGGCCUUUAAGGAUUCGGUUCUCCAGCGAACCUACUGCUUUACCAACCGAGCUCUGAUUCGCGAGGCUCUUCAAGGCUCUAGUCUAUUCAAUCCAGGCGGCAAUAAGGUUCUCGCCUUGGCUAGCGACGCGACCCUCCGCCAAAUUCUCGUUGACCAGGGCCGAGACAGAAAUAAAUCACCGAUCCAGAACGCCAUCACCAAGGUGGCCUCUAAUAACAACCUAAAUGACCAAGGCAUUACCCUAGGUCUUGACCCCUUCAUAAUGAAGAAUCCGGGCCAGUGGGGCCUUGUGGCUAGAAGGAAUGUUAUGGCUACCACCAUAGAAGCCAUAAUUGGCGCCGUCCACUAUGACUCCAAAAUGAAGUGCAAUGAUGGCGAAAGGGUUGUGGCAACCCUCGGCCUCUCCUAG